GCCAUGGGUACGGCGAAGAUAAUUUGGAGGGUGAUAGCACAAUACUCAAUCUUGUGCUGGGCUCUCCAUACAGAAACCUGUACCGCACUAACUCGCUCCCCAGCACACACCAACUGCUUAGGAUCUCAACGCCGACACCCCUGCCGUCAUUACCGACUUGAAGUCGCAACAAAGUUCGCGCCACUCCUCAAGGUGUCAUGUCGACCUCUAAUCAUGUCGCCCAAGAUUCGGCACCCGGACACCACACGAUGAGACACAAAUCCAGUAUCCACGGGUAGAUCUGCGAGGUCUACAGGGCUCUUCAAAGCGACAUCGAGCACAGCCGUCGCGCGAUGACGCAGACGUCCCACGCCGGGCGCCACGAAACGUCGGACCAGCGCAACAACGGGGCGGCGCACGUGGAGCUGCGACCGAUUGCUCCGAGUCCAACGAGCCUAGAAAGUGGCCAACAUCAUGACGAGCGCUCGUCUCCUUCGUCGGACAACGGCAUCCCUGAGUCGUACCGCAACCUCGACGAAAUCGCUGUCAAAAGGCCGAUCGAGAACCUAGAGGACCGACGCCAAUACAAGUACGAGGGCUUGGAAGAUGCCAGGAGCCAUGACCUUGAGGACACAACAGAGCAAAGUGGAAGCGCGUCGGAUGGCAACGGCUUGCCGACGGAUGCUCAGGCUCAGGGCAAGCCGUCGGAGGGCGUGCAAGUCUCGCGCCUGGCCACGCAAAUAUAUACCAUCUCCUACCUGAUUCUGUUCUCCUUCCUCGGCACUCUGGCGCGGCUCGGCCUCCAAUGGCUUACCAACUACGCCGGCGCGCCAGUGUUCCCGUCGGUAUGGUUCAACUUCGGGGGUAGCCUGGUCAUGGGCUUCCUCGCCGAGGACAGGAUGCUCUUCCGCCACGAGUGGGGGGCCCCGACGUACGAGCACCAGAUUCAAAAGGCCAAGCGGGACGAGGAAGCCGGCGGCGGUCCUGGGGACAGUGGGCGACCAUCCGUCGACCUCGCGGCCGCCAAGAAAGCCCACCUGGCCACCAAGAAGACCAUCCCGCUCUACAUCGGCCUGGCCACGGGCUUCUGCGGCUCCUUCACGUCCUUCUCCUCCUUCAUGCGGGACACCUUCCUCGCCGUGUCCAACGACCUGACCUACGGCGGCAACACUGCCACCACCCCCCGCAACGGCGGCUACUCCUUCAUGGCCCUGCUGGCCGUGGUCAUCAUCACGGUGACGGCGUCCCUCUCCGGACUCGUCGCAGGCGCCCACCUCGCCUCCGCCCUCGAGCCCGCGGUGCCCUCCCUGCCCUUCCUCAUCACCCGCAGGGUGGCCGACCGCCUCGCCGUCCCCCUCGCCUGGGGCUGCUGGGCCGGCGCCGUCGUGCUGGCGGCGGUCCCGCCCGCGGACCACUGGCGCGGCGUGGCCGUCUUCUCCCUCGUCCUCGCGCCCCUGGGGACCCUCGCCCGCUUCUACCUCUCCCUGUGGCUCAACGGCCUGCGCCCCGCGUUCCCGCUCGGCACGUUCGCCGCCAACGUGCUCGGCACCGCGGUGCUCGGCAUGGCGUGGGACCUGCAGCGCGUGCCCCUCGUGCCCCUCGGCGGCGUCGUCGGGUGCCAGGUGCUCCAGGGCGUGGAGGACGGGUUCUGCGGCUGCCUGACCACCGUGUCGACGUGGGUCGCGGAGCUGGCUGGGCUCAGGAGGCGGCAUGCCUGGGUGUACGGCGUGGCGAGCGUCGUGGCUGGGUUUGCGCUCAUGGUGGCCGUCAUGGGCGGGCUUAGGUGGAGCGAUGGCUUUGCGGCUUUACAGUGUGUGCAUUAGAGGCGAUUUAAUGAAUAAGUUCCCUGACCAUGUCACAUAAAGGUACAAUUAUGUACUGAUUCCGAACUACUGCCACAUCGUCCAAAUUACAAAUACGUCAUAGAAGAUACUCUGUGACUGAACUGGAUAUAUAACCACCUUCCUCUAUACAGCCUUAUUCCAUGGGUGGGUGUUCCAUAGAAGAGUGUUGCACAGAUAGGUAUCGUGCAGAAGAUUGUCCCAGACGAGGCUGUCCUGGG